CAUCACCAUCAGUCGAAAGAAAGUCUGCCCUCUCACUCUUACUCUUACUCUCACUCUCACUCCAAUCUCACUCACACCAAACCACAAAAAAAGAAAGACCGUCACCAUGUCUUCCUCCACCAUUCCCACGUCCACCUCCGUCGUCGAGAGCGCCGUCAUCAAGGCCCCUCUCAGCCAUGUCUGGCACUUCAUCAAGCUCCAGAACUUCCAGAACUUCUGGUCGGCCCUGAAGGGAAGCGAGGCCGUCAAGGCCCAGGAGGAGACCGACGUCGUCCGCUGGACCUUCAAGGACGGCACCGUCCUCGAGGUCAAGCAGGAGGAGCACAGCACCAUCAACCACUUCAUCACCUACAGCGUCAUCACCUCCCAGCCUGAGCUGUCGUACACCAGCGUCGUCAGCACCAUCCGCUGCUACCCCGUCACCUCGGGCGAGAGCGAGAACAGUACCUUUGUCGAGUGGACCGGCAACUUCUCCAGCGAUGCCGACGCCGGUGUCAUCCAGGACGCCAAGUUCAAGCGCCGCGAGGCCCUCGCCGACCUCGCCAAGGCCGCUGCCAAGUUGUAAGAUGGAAACUUGGUUGUGAAGUCGCGGGGAUGGGGUGAAAAGUCUUUGCUGAACGCCUUGGUUGGCUUGUCUCGGUGAGAUAGUUGAAAAAAGUAAAAAGAUACCACAUGCAGUUUAUUCAUGCUACACAAAC